GGUUUUCGUCUUGGUUCUUCUGUGCCUUUCUCUUGUUCUCGGUUGACACGACGAGGUCGAUACCGUUCCGUCUUCCCUUUUCCCUGUCUGAGAAACCGUAGGUUUCCCCCCUCCGUCGCGCGGCCGCUUUUCUCCCUGGACUCUUGGUCGUUUUCUUCGAAGUUCCCCGUCUUUUCUGCAGACUCUUUCUCAGCUAUGCAGCCUCUUCGCGGCAGAGCCGAGAGGCCUUUCUAUCCCCGCUUAUCCACCUUCAUUUCUUCCACCUUUCUCCCUGCUGCUCACCCCGGCAGCGCGACGCGUUCGCUCUCUGUGCGCCUUGCGUACGACGCCUCUCCCUUGUUUUCCCAGUGUGUGUUUCCUGUAAGUUUUCGUUGAAUUCUUCGUUUUUCGCUUUUUUAAAAACCAUCCUCGCUUCGGAGAACUUGCUCGGCGGAUUGCAUGCGCACCCGGAUGGUCCGCGGUUCUGGCGUGUCUGCAUGCUUCGGUCCCGAAGCCGGUUUUCUCAGUGUCCCCGUUUUCCACGUUUCUCCCUCGUUUUUGUCUUUUUCCUCAGCCAAUUUUUAUUCAGUCGUUUUGCAAAGCGAUUCGUCUCGAAGUCCGUAGUUCUCUCUUCAACGCCCUCUCUUACUCGUCGUCCUCCUCUCCCUGCCCCCGUCUGCUUCCCCUUCUCUCUCCUCCCUCCCCCGGUCUGCCUUUUGGCAUUUCUGCUCCGUCUAGUUUGCCUUCCCUUGUUUUUAUGUUCCUCCUUUCUUCUUCUUCUCUUCUUCCUCUCCCCCUCCUCUUGUCUCCUUCUCCUUUCUCGCUCGUUUUCUCAGCUACCGCGCCCCCGUCUGCUUCCCUCUUCUCUCAGUAUCAUCUCUGACGACCUUCCUCGUACACCUGUCUCUUGUUCCGUUGCUUCGGCGCCGAUGGACUCGCCGGCGUCUUCCAGCCGCGAGGCGGAGGCGGGAGGGCGCCUGCGGCGGCCGCCCUCGGAUGAGGACAUGCCUCUGAAGGUGGAGAAGAAGACGAAGAAGUCGAAGAAGGAGAAGAAGCGCGAGCGCGCGUCGAGCGAGAAGAAGCGGAAGCUGAAGGCGCGCAAGUCGUCUUCGUCGCGGAAGAAAAAACAUCGUUUCGUCAAGGACAGCGCGAGAGAGGCGUCGGACGAAGAGCACCGGCGCCGCUCGACCGACAGCAGCGACGAGGAGUCCGGCUCGGACGAAGACGCGGCGAUCGCUGCCGAGAUGCGAGGCUUCAUCGUAAGCGAGGAAAGCGGGGAAGAAGAGGGUGAAAGCGACGACAGCGAGAAGGAGAACGAAGACGAGGGACCGCAGCAGCUCGACGAUGAAGACCUCGACCUGAUUGAGGAGAACACGGGGUUGACGGUUAGGAAGCAGCCGCUGAGGCCGCCGUUCGAUGAGGGUGAGAGCGAGUUCGAAGAGGCAGAGGAGGCAGAGGGAAGCGGCGCGAGAGACUCUGAAGACGCGGACGGUUUCGCGGCUCUCCAGUCUGAGGAGCAGCGCAGAUACCGGCGUUUGAAGAAGGUCGAAAGUUCGGCUCCCAAGUCUGCAGACAGGCCUGAGAGUGAGAGGGGGGGCGUCUCCCGGACGCGCGAGGAGGCGUCUGGGUCUCUGUUUUUCGAUGACGACAAAGGGGAGAACGAGUUCGGCGCCGCAACCUUCCCUGCUCUGGAGGCUCCAGCCUCUGCCCUGGACGCCGAUGCUGCAUCCGACGGUGGCGAGGCCGUCGCGCAGGGCGGCGCCGGAAGCAGCUUGCCUGCGAAGAAACUUGUUGGUCGGCGCAUGUCGAGGACCUCUGCCUCCCCGCUCGGCCAAGAGGACCGGGCGGAGGCAAGCGAGGAGGACGAAGCCUGGCUGGAAGAAGAAGACGCGCUCCAGGACAGCGCCGCGCAGCAGCGCAUGGGUGAAACUUGGGGUCUAGUCUACGACUGCUUCGGAGACGUCGACGCCGUCGUCCGCAUCCUCUGCAAUGUGAAGCCUGUGAAGCACACCGCAAGUGGCGGCGAGGAAGACGAGUUCCAGGGCGCGGGAGACGUCGCCGACGAGCCGCGCAGAAGGAGAGAGGGCCGAGGCCGAGAAGACGACGAGGAGCUGCGGGGGCGGCUGGGCAAGGCUGCCGGGCCGAGAAGAAGCGGCAAAGGACGUCCAAGCGAAGGCUGGGAAGCGAUCGGAGAACCGGAUGAAGUCAAGAGAGAAUUCCUGACUUCCUUCGACGAACAUGUUCGCCGAGUCGAUGACCCUGAGCGCCUCUUCCUCAGGUUCAUCCAGCGACCCAAACACACCUCGAAGGCCGCCUUGGUGCUGGAGAGUGGGUGGAUCACGUCGCGCUUGUUUCGCGAGUUCGGGGCGCAGCUGACGACUGAGGAGUUGCGGAAGCGCUACUUCGACUCCUUUUUCGAAGGCUGUCGCUUGCGGCGGUCGCCGUACCACGACGUGAGGCAGAAGGUGAUCCUUCUCCUGGACUGGGUGUUGAAUGAGCGUCUGGAAGUUGUGUUUAUUCUCCACCACAAGCUGCACCUCAUCGCGCCCCCUUUGACCGAGGAGAUGGUCUGGCGCGUCUACGAACUCGACCAGCAGUUCUGCCGUCUUCAGGCGAAGAAGCGCCGGCUUUUCGAGCUCAUCGAGGAGGUUGUAGACGGCGUCGCUCUUCUUCAGGGCCAGCGGCAGGGCGAGGAGACUCGCGACCGCCUCCUGCAGAUGUGGAACCUUUGCGCAGACCGGGCGGCUUGCGCGAAAAGCCACGGCAGCGAGCGAGGGAGGAGACGAGAGACAGACGUCACUGCGGUUGACGCGGAGGAAGUCGCACUCGAAGACUUCAGAACUUUCCUGCACUCGCACUACAGGCAGUUUGUCGCUGCAACCCGGGAGGAGCUUCAGAAGAAACUCGCACAGAGCAGAGAGAAGAGCGACGAGAAACGCGAAGCUGACGACGCCGAGGAAGGCGACGGCGAAGAGAGAGGAGAGCAAAGAGAAGAAGAGAGAGGAGACGAGAGAGAAGAAGAGGACGACGGACUGGGGCUCGAGAGUGAGGCGCGAGAAGAAGAGAGAGAACAAGACUGGCUGGUGAAACCGGAGGACCAGAAGAUGCCUGCAGACAGCGAACGUCAGGGGGAAGACACCUCGUCUCCUCUGGACGGCCUUGAGGCGUCCGCGACGUCUUUUCCUCUGUCUCCUCUGCCUGCCGUUCCUGCUCCUCUCGCCUCUCCUGGGUUGCUGCCACACAGCGAGACUCACUUGUCGGCCUCUGCGACGGAGAGAAGUCUGGGCUUUAGCACGCAACUCGAUCCCGGACUUCCGAUUCCGCCGCCUCCAGAGGAGCUGCUUGGCUUGGUGGACGCGUUAGUCGGUUCGCGGGCGGUCCGAGCAACGGGUUCCGAGCAGCGUGAGGUUGCGGGAAGCGGAGCGAUCGGCGAGGCCGUGGACGCGAGACAUGCCUCGUUGGAAGGAGAGGCGGAAGCUUCGUUGAAGCAAACGGGAGAAGACGUACUGGCCGAGUCUGCAGAGUCGCAGGCUGCAGCGCCUCCGGUCUUUCACACUGACACGCUGCUACAGGGACGGCCUCCCUCACCUUCCUUGGUCUCUUUCGAGCUCGACAAGAGGGGCGCCUGUUCUGUCCACGUCGAGGCUGAGAGGCACCAGCGCGAGUUGUCAGACGCGGAAGAGGCAACUCCAGUCGACGACGCCUACCUCGGAGACGUCCAGGAGGGCGAACACAGGGUCGAGUCUCGCGGGCAGGAUUUGCGCGCUCUCUCUAUGGCCUCUGUUCCGCGAUCUGGGAGGAGACCGCGCGAGGCUGCAGGUUCGAGCGUCAUGCGCGUCGCCACAUUUCACCAAGAAUCUGCUCUGUGGGCCUCGCCGCCCGCGUCUCCCUCUCUCGAGGGGCAGCAAGACCCCACAGAGGAGAUGCCUGUCGAGUCUCGGACUCCGCACUCGGUCACUGCAGUUCCCCCGCCUGCUCAGGGCGAGAAGACGUCGGAGACAGGAGAAGCAGGCACCUUUCAGGGCGGCUCUGCCCUCUUGUCGACUUGGAAGCAUCGGUGGGAUGCUCCAAAUGCCACUCAAGACUCUUCUUCCUCUUACUUUGCUUCUUCGUCUGUACCUGUGGAGGAGGCCGGACGAGCGUCUGCCUCGAAAGAGUCUCCCGAGGACUCCCGGGCGUCCUCCUGGAAGUCUCGCUGGGGUGUGCCAGGCAGCCGUCGGAAUAAUGAGAGGACAUCCAACGAAGAAGGCCGCGACGCCGGGGGCGAGGUAGCCUUGUUUGCAGAGGAAGAAGGCAAGCGUUCAGGGGAGGACGCGCGGAAAGAGCGGUUUCCGCGCGGUCGAGAGUCGCGGCUCGGUGAAGAGGCAUACAAGGGCCCUGUUGGGGGAUUCGGAGGAGGCGAUCCGAGAAGAGGGAGAGAGGGCGAUCUGGACAGCAGCCGCGAGGCGAGAGGUGGCGGGGAAGAAGGAGUCGACGCCUGGCUUCGGAGAGACGGGAAGGAUGAGCGAGAGUCAGAGAGAAGACGAGACAGAGACGAACGAGAGACGUACGACUCCAGCGAAAGCCACCGUGUGCCGGGCGACCGAGACCGUCCUUUGCGUUGGGGAGUGGAGAGGGACAGAUGUAGAAGGCGGGGCGAAGACGAGGAGAGAAACCGAGGAGGCGACGAGCGCGGGAGACGGCCGCCGUCGUUUGGGCUAGACGCGCAUGCAGACAAGCCUCGAGGCGCAGAGCGAGAGGCAGAGGAUGAUGCCGAACGACGCUUAAGAGAAGAAGAUCGACAGGCAGAAGCUGCAGAAGCGGCAGAGUGGGAGAGACUCGAGAGAGAAGCUGAAGAAGACGAACGGAAAUGCAUGCUCGCAGAACGCGAGAAAAAGAUAAGGGACCUUCUGCGCAGAGCCGCCAGUGGCGAACAACCGAGCCCCCGCAUUGGCCUCAACAUGCACAAUAUUCCUGGCCUUGAAGCCAUCGAACUUGCAGAUCGCUACAACAUCUUUUCUCUGUGGGAGUCGUAUCUGUUGCCACCUGACGCCUUUGUCUCAAACUUGGAGGCCCUCGCGUUCACUUCCUCGGCGUUUUCCCCGUCGCUUUUUGCGUCGCGGUUCUCCCUGCUUCUGCGGCCGACGGAGACGCCUCACAUUCCAACUGCCUCGUCGACGGCGAUCUCGAGCGUCUUGACUUUCUCCGCAUCUGCUUUUCUCUCCCAGUUCGUUCCGAACUUGUUUCUUAACGCCUCUCCCGACCUGCCCUGCACGAAUCCAGAGAAAUUGCCGGGGUUGCCUGGGGACGUCGUCGCGAACUUGGAGGCGGCGGGUGACGCCUGGUGUGCGCCUUUCUGUGUACAUCCCUUCGACUCGGGCAGACAGCUGAAGCGAGUUUUGGUUGCUUACUAUGCAAAGAUUCUCGCUUCGUAUCCGCCUCUCCGAAGCCUGGUCAGAAAAAGGUUCCACCAGAUCUGCUCCAUGAGCACGCUGACCACCGUCAAGGGCGAGGCCGAAACUGAUCCGGCGAAGCCAUGCUGGAUGGCCAGACGUCUCUCGCGACUGCCGUUACUCAAAUUCGUCAACGAGAUUGUUCCGUCGUUUGAGGAGGCGCCGCCGAUUUCUCCGUGGAAAGAUCGCGCGCGUCGCAAGGCUGAGGAGGAGGCUCGCAAGGCGGCGCAGCGAGAGCACUUGAAGCAGCUGCCUUCUCUGGAGGCGAAGCGUGCGUACUUGGCGAAGAUUCAGAGCGAAAGCAGCGAGGAGAAACCGUCCGGUUCGAUGACUCGGGCGCGGCAGCUGGAGACUCUGUUGAAAAAGCGAGAAGAUGCGCGUUGCCUGGAGCUCUUUCUGCACGUCCACCGCCUCGAGAAGGCCGGCGAACUGACUCUCUUUAUCCACCCGCAGACGUCCGACGAGCUCGCCGGGUCGGUCGCGCUCCAGAAAGGCUUUGAAGAGCGUCACCGCGACUUCCGGCGCGCCUACAGGAAUCUCGUGAUCGAGAAAGGGCGCGAGGCCCCGGCGCUGGAGGCGCUGGCGCUGAACCGUUCGGCGGCGGAUGCCUUCGGGCAAGGUGUGGGCGCUUCGCUGGUAUUUGACUUGGUGAAGCAGAAGCGUUUUCUCGACGACGAACUCGCAGGCUUCGCGCGGAGUCGAGCCCAAGACGCGUUUCUCGUUCAGCGGCUCGUGGACGACCUCCUCGCCGCGUACAGCCCCCACCUCUGGCAGGCGGCGACGGCCGCGGGGAACAUCGGCCAACACCAUUUUGCGUCGUUUUUCUGCAAGUCGCGCAGCGCGUCGUCUCGCCCUGGCGGCGGGCCGAGUCUCACGGCGCGUGGAGGCACGGAGGACGAGGGCGAAGCUUUCGUGACCUUCCUGCAGCGCGGCGGGGGGAACGUUUCCGCAGCUGCGGCGGCGAGCGCCGUACCCGGCUGGCUGCACAUCCAGCGGCGGAUUCUGGAGCGCGUCGUGGAGGUGGAGCUGCUGCCGAUCUUCAAGCGAGAGGUCCGCGAAGACCUUCUUCACCGAGCGCAGCAAGUCGUGAUUCUGCGGUGCCGAGAAAUGCUCGAGUGGCGGCUGAACACGCAGCCGCUGCGGCCGUCGCCUGAGCAGAUGAGGCGCCGGCAGCUACUGGGUGACGAUGAGGAAGGAACUCGGAAGAGCAGAAAGAGGCCGAGCCGGGACUCAGCUAGCGAGAAGCACUCGAGUGAGGAGAGUGACGCGUUCGACGAGAACGCGUCGGAGGCGAGUUCCGCGACCAGUCUCUCCUCGGAGGCCGAGUCGAGUUCGGAUGAGGAAACGUACGUCUCGGGUGCUUUCCAGACGGAACGCAAGCGUCUGCGGGCUGCGAAGCGCCAGCGGAAGCUGCAGAAGCAGCAGCGUUUGCUCGAGAGACGCAGACGCCUCGUUCAGGAACCCACUCUCGUCGACGUCCUCGCGUUCGUCGUCGAAAACGUCCACCAAGAGGUCUCCGCAGAGAUGACCAGCUUCGCCUCCGUCGGCAGCGCCGCCGACACACCCGUGGGCCGCGCGGGCGCAGGACGCCGAGGCGGCCGGAGUCGCACCCGCGUGCAUGCAAUGCUCGUCAACGCCUGGGGUGAGAUGGAGGAGUACGACGUCUACGAGUUCCUCUUGAAUGCGCCACUGCCUUCUCAACAAGAAGUCGAGGGGGUACAGAACGAGGAACCUGACACUCGAGAGCUGGAGGCUGCGGCAGAGAUGCGCCCGGCAGGCGUCUCUGCCGAGCAACGCAGAGCCUACCAGGACUUGGAGAGACUCGUCAGAUUCUUCAGAGAUCACUUCGUCGACGCGGCAGUCGUCGGAGUCCGCGACCGCUUCGCCUUGCUGCUCUACUUGAUCCUCAAGGAGCGAGUCGUCCCGAAACUUAAGAAGAAGGAACAGCCGCUCUUCCUCGAACUCGCCAGCCUAGAAGUCCCCACCAUCUGGGCUGGCAGCGACAAGGCCCCGCAGGUGCUCCGGCAGAAACUCGCGAAAGAAGGACUCAUGUGCCUGUCUCUGGCGCGGACGCUGCAAGAUCCGCUUGCCGAGCUCGCGGGGCUGUGGAGCGAAGGACGCGAGAACUCUUUGCUGCAGCUGAAGCUUCAUCCCCUCCAGAAGCUGGUGCCCUCGGAUCGCCUGCAGAGUGCGCUCGAACGGGUGUUGCUGACGUCCGUCGGCAAAGUCGGAGUUGAGCUGAAGCGAGCUCUGCGAGGGAGCACGGCGGCUCUCGGCGGCAACCCCACCGCUGCCCUCCUGCAGUUCGUCCCUGGUCUCGGUCCCCGAAAGGCCGCGCGCCUUCUCGGCAUGUUCAAAACGUCCACCCUUCUCAUGCGGUCGCAGCUGUGCACGCCGAACGACGGGUCGACUUCCGACAGCGACGGCGGCCGAGGGGACUUGGAUGAUUUUUAUCCUCCUCAUUCUCAAAGCGAGAAGCGUCAUGCGCAGCCCGUAGGCUUGGGCCGCAAGGUGUACUUGAACUGUGUCUCCUUUCUGCGCCUCAAAAAUAAAACGUCAGAUCCCGAAUCUGUCGACGCUUUGGAUGACACGCGCAUCCACCCGUUGGAAGGACGCAGUUUCGUCGCGAAGAUUUGCCGAGAUGCUGUGGCUGAGAAAGACGAGGCUCACCAGACCGAGGAAGAAGAAGAAAAUGGAGACACCGGCGGCGCUCGCAGACGCGACGAGGAUGUCGACGACGAAGAUGCGAUUGUUGAGGUCUUCAGGAAACCGGCUCUGCUUGACGACAUGGACUUGGAAGCUUUCUCUCAGAUGCUCGCGGAGACGAAGGAUCAAGCGAGGUGUCUACCCUAUCUGGAAUUCAUUACGUCAGAGCUGAGACAUCCGUACCGAGAUCCGCGGCUGCCCUUCGAGUCUGCGAGCGAGAUGGAAGUCUUCUUCUGGGCGAUCGGUGAAGACGCCGACGAGUUCCAUCCAGGCUCCAGCGUUUCGUGUCAAGUUGUUUUUGCGAGAAACACCUCGCUCGUCGUUCGCCUCCAACCUUCAGGCAUUCGCGUUCAGCUAUCCGAUCUUCGCGAGCUCCGUUCUCUCUUGGCUUUGCGGACUCCGCAAAUCAAACAAAGCUCGCCGGGAGAGGAGAGACGACCACACCAAGAAGAUCUGUCUCCUCUUCUAGGUGAAGUGUUGCACGGCCGCGUUGCCUUUUUGCACUACGGCAUCGAGCUGGAACGUUCAGGUUUUCCAACGUAUCGUAUCGAGGUAGUUGUUACUGGAGACGUCGUCAAAGCGAUGGUGGCGCAAAACCUCGUCUCAGAUGUCUCUCUCAACGCCGUCCAUACUUUCCUUUCUCCAGCCGCCAGAUUCGAUGGACUGGCUGUCAGACGACCCCUCACUGUCGAAUUGGAGGAACUUCAGCUGGAGCAGCAGAAGAAACACCAGCGCCUGCGACGCAACAUUCGGCACCCCAACUAUAAGCCGGUGACGCCGAUGAAGGGUCUCCAACUCCUCCAACACGCUGGGGUGCCGGUUGGAGAGGCGUUGUUUCGGCCUGGAACGUCGGUGGAUGGCCUGACGCUGAUGGUGAAGACAUGUGCAGACCCUUUCCGGUGUCUCUCGCUUCCAAUUGAAGAGCGCAAUCCACUUUUGCCGACAGAACACACGCCUGAGGCUCUCUCAGCCAUGGCCGCAGCGCUCCAGCAGCAGGAGCAGCUGGGCGGCGUUGGCAGCGAGUUGAUUCUUCAGGGCGAGAAAUUCGAUUCUCUCAAUGCCAUCAUUGCUCAGUUCUGCGACCCGCUUCGCGUCAACUUGGAGGAAGUGUACAGACACCCGAAGUAUCUGCCGAUUCCGGAUCUGUCGAUUGCGGUGGAAAAGCUGAGGCAAGAGGCGGCGUCGCGACCCGGUUCGAUUUGCUGGGCUCUUCUGCCUCCUGCGUCUCCGGCCGCGUCGGUCGCGACAGGCCGAGACAGCCGAGCAGGAAAUGAGAACCCCCUUCGUUUCCAGUUAGUCGUUUUGCCUCCACAGCCGCCGUCCGCAGGGGCACAUCCCAGAGUCCUUGUCGAUGGCGUCUACGUCGACCACAAGAAGUUCUCGAUUUGGAAUCAAGAACACAAGUCGCUUCAGAAACUGGUCUCUUGGUGGAAAGAAAAAGGUUACUGGCGGCGGCAAGAGUUGCUGAAGGCGUACGCGGAGGAGAAGGGUCGUCUGCAGGCAGAGCGGGAGAGACGGCGUCAGGAGCGCGAGCACCUGAAGAUGUUGGAGGCGCGGCGCGAGGAAGAAGAAAGACGAACGCAGAGAGACUACGUGGCGACUUACAUUCAGCCGCGAAAUGAACAGAGUGCGAAGGAGUGGUACGAGCGCGCUGUCCGUCGCCAGAAGAACUAUGAGCCGCGUGCGGCAGGGACUGUUGUGGAGACUGGCAAGGGAGGAAGAACUCCUGGGUCGUUUCCUGGACACAGGAUCGGCGACGCGUCUGUGCCCUACAGUCAGGCGCCGGAUUCGCUGUCUUCUUAUCCUGCUUCGUCGCCUUUCUCCCAAGAGUUUGAUGGGCGACCGAUGCGCAGAGGCGCUGCAGGCAGUGCAGCUGCGUCUCCAUUCGGUCAGUCCGGCUUCUCUCAGACCUCGGGGCUCCACUCCCAAGCCGAGUUCGUUGAUAGAGGUUUCUAUGGCGACUCUCAGGCGAGGCCUCAGGACGGAAGAGAGAGGCGGUCGUGGUCUUCACUUUCCAGAGGCGGCGACAGCCAGCAGGCAAGAAACUACGGUCCGAACUCCUGGGGGACUGGAGAACAAAGGACGGGGCAUGACCGGAGCUCCUACAGCGACCGGCGCCCCCAUCACCGAGACGAAGGCUGGCGGCGAGAGGAGAGACGGACGCGAUUCGGCGAACGAUGGGACAGAUAGGCAGGAAGCAAGACACGUGUGGAGGCGGGGAAGUAUCCGCGAUGAAACAGGACUAGCUGGACGCUCGCGCUCGGGCGUAUCGACACUACACGAGGUGGAGACGAGGAGGUGGACGACUUGUCUCGAUCUUACAGGUCUUUGUUGACGGAAUUCACAUCAACUCGAGGCGCCACAGAAGGCGAUGGCUGAGCUGCGAUGCGCCCGUGACGGGGAUCGGAAGUUUGGUGGCGAGAACUCGGACGGAAAGGGAUCCAAAGGGCCGAGUCGCGGAAAACGCUUUUCGGAUUCAUUUUGCGAUGGCGAUGGAUAUACACACACUGUAGGACGGGUGUGUGUGCGUGUGCGUCGGGAUGUUCGCGUUGUGUGUUUAUCAGAUCGUGCGUAUCUGCGAUAUCCGUCGGUACGCAUGUACGCGCGUGCAUGGAUUUCGACGGGGCAACUCUUUGCGGCAGAAAAAAGAGUGGGGAGCACGUCUGUGUGUGUGUGGGAACCGGAGACCUCCUCCGGAUGUUUUUUCUGCGUGGUUUCUCAAGCAAGUUGAAGAAACAAGAAAACUGUGUAUGUCGUGCGAACACCUAGAACUUUGGUUUUUUCGUUACACUUGGAUAUGCGUCCACAUAGAUGCACAGGCCGGGAUGAUCAGGACAGAGACAUAAUCAAAAAGGAAAUUUCUCAUCUGUUCUUUCCUUGUCUCUUCUCAUACAGCCGCGAUGUGGGGUCUAUACCCAACAGGAACGAGUCUGAG